CGGCCACUGACCUUCGUUGCGUGCCGCUCGAGAACCCGGUUCGAGAAUCGACGGCGCGCGGCUGCAUGAGAGGGUGAUAUAAAAUCGAUAAAAAGGACGAGCAGCACGACUCUCAUUUUUUUGGGGGAGGGUUGCGGUGGAAGAGGAUUGCGCUGGAGAGAACCCAAUUUUAGGGCGGUGCCGGCGCGACCGUUCCGGGAUCGGGAGCUUUAUCUGGGGGGCGCGAGGGAUCACGGCCGCGGCGACGACCGACCGACCGGCCGGCCAACCCAACCCCACCACCACCAGUCCCCGCGGCCCGCGUCGAGGAAGAAGAAGGGAUAGGAGACGGAGACGGAGACGGAGCCGGUGGUCGCAAGGAUGGCCGGGGGCAUGCAGGCGGCGGACGCGGCGGGCCGGCUGAGCGCGCUGCUCUCGCUGCUCGCGCUGCGCCGGCUCCUCGCCGUGCUCCAGCCGCUGGCCCUGCUCCUGCUCCUGCCCUUCCGGUGGCGCGCGCGGCCGGCCGGGGCCGUGGCCGCGGCCGUGGCGUCCGAUGCCGCCACGGCCUCCGCGCCGGGGGCCAGCGGGAGGAAGGGGAAGGCGUCGUCGUCGUCGUCGGUGGUUCUGCGGGUGCCGGCCGGGUCCCCCAUGGUCGCCGCGCGGAGGCAGGCGUCCGCGCGCAGGGAGAUCGCCGUGCGCCGGGCGCGGGAGGCCGGGCGGGAGUACGAGCUCGUCCCCACCGCUCGCGGCGAGACGCUCUUCACGCAGUGCUGGUGGCCGCACCCGCCCUCCACCGUUAAACCGAGGGCGCUAGUUGUUGUCAUGCACGGGCUAAACGAGCACAGUGGGAGGUAUGACCAUUUAGCGAGGCGAUUGAAUGGCAUCGGCAUCAAGGUGUACGGGAUGGACUGGACUGGUCAUGGUGGAAGUGAUGGUCUCCAUGGAUAUGUGCAAUCUCUUGAUCAUGCUGUCAGUGAUUUGAAAAUGUACCUCAAGAAAGUGUUAGCUGAGAACCCUGGUCUUCCAUGCUUCUGCUUCGGUCACUCGACUGGUGGAGGUAUCAUUCUGAAGGCUGCACUUGAUCCAGAGGUAGAAACUCUCCUUAGAGGUAUUGUCUUGACAUCACCAGCUGUCCGUGUUCAGCCUACACACCCAAUCAUAGCGGUCAUGGCACCGAUUUUUGCCCUCAUCGCGCCGAGGUAUCAGUUCACGGCGUCCCACAGGAACGGCCCGCCGGUGUCGCGCGACCCCGAGGCCCUGCGGGCCAAAUACACGGACCCGCUCGUGUUCACGGGCGCCAUCCGCGUGAGGACGGGCUACGAGAUCCUCCGCCUGACGUCGUACCUGCAGCAGCACCUGCACCGGAUCGCGGUGCCGCUGCUGGUGCUGCACGGCGCCGACGACCUGGUGACCGACCCCAGGGGCUCGCGGGCGCUGUACGAGCGGGCCUCGUCCGCGGACAAGUCCCUCAAGCUUUACGACGGGCUGCUGCACGACCUCCUGAUCGAGCCCGAGAAGGACAGGGUGAUGGACGACAUCGUCGCGUGGCUGAGCCCCAGGGUCUGACGCCGCCGGCGCGUUGCGGUGCUGGCCGUAGGACGCGAGCGGCUUUUCGAUCAUCUGCAGGCCAAGGACGCCUCGCCUCCGGAUGGUGGGUGAUGACGCGGUCUGGUCUGGUAGGCUGCGGACCGAGGGAGAGCGGGUGUGCCUUCUCGCCCCCUUGGUGUGCUGAACUGCUGAGUGCUGAUACGAUACGAGGAGCAGGACAGGAGUACGGAGAACUACUACUACCUACGGCUAUGGGCGAUGGCUUUACUCGCGCCUCCCGGUGUGUCCCGAGAUUUUUUUUCGGGGACACGUACGAAUUAUGUAACGGAGUUCGUUUCGCCGUGCCACACGCACGAGCGGUGUCCGAUACACCUAUAGAAAACGACUUUCCAUAUUGCGAGUUGUGUGAUGUAUUCACACAAUUCUGAAUCAGAGUUGCAACUUGCAACGGAUUCUU